AUGGUGGCGAUCGCGGUGCCCUGCACCAUCGACCAGAUCCCGCUAGUAAAAUGCCCCAAGGCCGCGAAUGCUGCGGUGCCGACCAUUGACAUGUCGGCGCCAGGCGCGGCGGCGGCCGUGGCGGACGCGUGCCGCGGCGUAGGCUUCUUCCGGGCGACUAACCACGGCGUGCCGGCGGCCAUCACCGACGCCCUGGAGGCCCGCGCGGCUGCCUUCUUCGCGCUGCCGCACGAGGACAAGCUGGAGCACGCGUCGGCGCGGCCCUUCGGGUACGGUAGCAAGACCAUCGGCCCCAACGGCGACGUCGGGUGGCUGGAGUACCUUCUUCUCUCCCUCGGCUCCAGCACAAUACAGGCUUCCUCGCUGCCACCGUCGCUCCGGGCGGCGCUGGAGGAGUACACGGUGGCGGUGAGGGAGGUGGGCGAGCGGGUGCUGGAGCUGAUGGCGGAGGGGCUUGGGCUGGCAGACCGGGGCGCGCUACGGCGGAUGGUGACGGACGCCGCGGGGAGCGACGAGAUGGUCCGCGUGAACCACUAUCCGGCGUGCCCCCUGGCGUCGGCCGUGACGGGGUUCGGGGAGCACACGGACCCGCAGAUCAUCUCCGUGCUCCGGUCCAACCGCACCGGUGGCCUCCAGAUCAUGCUCCCCGAUGGCCGAUGGGUCCCCGUCGGCCCCGACCCCGAUUCCCUCUUCGUCAACGUCGGCGAUGCACUCCAGGUGCUGACGAACGGGCGGUUCAGGAGCGUCAAGCACCGGGUGGUGGCGCCGGACGCCGGGAAGCAGUCGAGGCUGUCGGUGAUCUACUUCGGCGGGCCGGCGGCAAUGCAGCGGAUCGCGCCGCUGCCGGAACUGAUGAGCGAAGGGGAGCAGAGCCUGUACAGGGAGUUCACAUGGGGCGAGUACAAGAAGGCAGCAUACAAGACCCGACUCAGCGACCACCGCCUCGGACCCUUCGAGCUACCGGCCGCCGGCAAAGAACCCACCAACGCCGACCACCACCACUGCAGCAACAGCAGCAAGGCCAUCCAGCCGCCGACGCCUCCUCACGUAGCACGAGUUCACUAA